CAAAAUCAUUUAAAAUUUUAUUUAAUUUUACACUAUACACCCCCUAGUUCAGCAACGCAGGCUGCUUCGGAUCUUCCGCAUAGACACUCAUCCAGACGAGAGUCGAUAGCCGAGCAAACGAGCGGCCCGGCUGCGACCCACCCACCGGCAACCGUUGCUUCCGCCGACCACGCCCUGCCCGGAUGCCCCUGCGUCCGUCCGCCGCAGUGCUGCCGCACUACUCAGCCAGGUGCAUAUUAUGCUGCAUAGGGUUUGAGCAGAGAAUAUUAUCUUGCUGCUUUGAAAUAUCUGGGCAUCAGAAAACUGAUCAACUUUUCAGUAAGAUAGUGCUAAAUUGCUUAUCUGGAGCUAGGCUGCUGUCUGACACAACCACCAGUGCCCAGAGUUUCUAUCAUCCAAUGCUAAAUGUUUCCAAAUCUUCUUCUUCAGACAACCUCCAGAACUCUCUCUUGCCUUACUUUUUCGGGUUCUACCUUGGUCUCAAUCCCUUUUCCCCAUUUCAGAGUUCAAGAGGUUUUAGCAUCCAAACUUGCACCGGUCUUACUAGAUUGCACUUCUCUUGUGGACAGUUCCUCUCCUGUUCUUCAAAAAGGCCAUCAAAUUCACGCCCAAAUAAUUGUACAUGGAAUAAAAAACAUGGGUGUUUUAGGGUCCCGAAUUCUGGGGAUGUAUGUUCUUUGUAACAGAUUUCUCGAUGCCAAGAAAUUGUUUUGGCAGCUCAAUCUAUGCUAUGCCUCUCCUUGGAAUUGGAUGAUCAGAGGGCUAACUGUACAGGGUCAUUUUUACUCUGCACUUAUGAUGUACUUCAAGAUGUUGGGUUUUGGUACGUGGCCUGAUAAGUACACUUUUCCUUAUGUGAUUAAGGCUUGUGCUGGUUUGCAUGCGGUCACAUUGGCAAAAUCAGUUCAUCGAUGGAUUUGUAGUUUAGGUUACGAGUUAGAUAUUUAUGUUGGGAGUGCUUUGAUUAAGCUUUAUUCUGAAAAUCAUUGUGUGGGCGAUGCUCGAUGUUUGUUCAAUGAAAUGCAUUCUAGGGAUAGCGUUUUGUGGAAUGUAAUGCUCAAUGGGUAUGUGAGUUCUGAGGAAUCUCUGGAUAGUGUAGUUGGAUUGUUCAUGCAGAUGAGAAGGAGUGAUACUAAGCCUAAUUCUGUGACGUUUGCUUGUGUUCUUUCACUUUGUGCUUCUGAAGGAAUGGCUGAGUUUGGGACACAACUUCAUGAUCUUGUUGUGAAGUGUGGAUUGGAAAUGGAUUCUUCUGUAGCCAACACAUUAAUAACGAUGUAUAUGAAAUGCUGUUGCUUGUUUGAUGCCAAGAAAUUGUUUGAUGUAGCAGAAAAAAAGGACUUGGUGACAUGGAAUAUAAUGAUCGGUGGAUAUGUCCUAAAUGAGGCUGUGGAUGAGGCUUGGAAUCUAUUUCAUGAAAUGAUAGCUAUUGAUGUUAAACCAGAUGGCGUCACCUUUGCAAGUUUUCUACCCUCAGUUGCUGAAUCUGAAGAUCUGUGUCUAGGUAAGUCUAUUCAUGGAUACAUUGUGAGACACAGCAUUUCUUUGGAUGCGUAUUUGAAAAAUGCACUUAUUGAUAUGUAUUUCAAGUGUAGAAAUGUUGAGUUGGCGCGCAACAUUUUUCAGGAUAGCGUGCUGGUGGAUGUUGCAAUUUGUACAUCUAUGAUUUCAGGAUUUGCUGUUAAUAGGAUGAAUCUUGAAGCCCUAGAGGUGUUCAGAUGGUUGCUGUUUAAGAGAAUGAAGCCAAAUGCACUAACACUGGCAAGUGUGUUGCCUGCUUGCACUGAACUGGCUGCCAUUAAACUUGGCAAGGAGUUGCAUGGUACUGCCUUUAAACUUGGGUAUGAAGGUAAAUGCUUUGUGGGUUGUGCCUUGACAGACAUGUAUGCAAAAUGUGGAAGGUUAGACCUAGCUCAUCAAAUUUUCUCAUUGUUGUCGGAGAAAGACAUGGUUUGUUGGAAUUCAUUAAUAACUGGCUGUUGCAAGAAUGGAGAACCAGAACAAGCAAUUGGUCUUUUCCGCAAGAUGGGUGCAGAGGGAUGGAAUUAUGACUGUGUGAGCAUAUCAGGUGCUCUCUCUGCAUGUGCAAACAUACCGGCCCUCCACCAUGGAAAAGAGAUCCAUUCCUUCAUGAUCAAAGGUGCAUUUCACAAUGAUCUUUUCGCUGAAAGUGCACUAAUAGACAUGUAUGCUAAAUGUGGGUACUUGCAGACAGCACGCAAUGUGUUUGAUUUGAUGAACAAGAGAAAUGAAGUCUCAUGGAAUAGUAUCAUAUCUGCCUAUGGAAACCAUGGUCUAUUAGAUGAAUCUCUAAACUUGUUUCGUGGGAUGGAAGAAGAUGGGUUCCGGCCUGACCAUGUCACUUUCCUUGCUAUCUUAUCUGCUUGCGGUCAUGCUGGUCGGGUUGAACUAGGGAAGAGCUAUUUCAACUGCAUGAUUCAAGACUAUCACAUAAUACCCAGAAUGGAGCAUUAUGCAUGCAUGAUCGAUUUGCAUGGUAGGGCUGGUUGUUUAGAAGAAACAUUCAAAAUCAUCAAAAGCAUGCCAAUUGCCCCAGAUGCCGGCAUCUGGGGUGCAUUGCUUGGGGCCUGCCGAGUCUAUGGCCAUGUUGAGCUAGCAGAAAUGGCCUCAGAAUAUCUAUUCAACCUCGAUCCACAAAAUUCUGGCUACUACAUUUUACUGUCAAAUCUACAGGCUGACUCUGGAGAAUGGGAGAGAGCAUCAAAAACAAGAAAUUUGAUGAGGGAAAGAGGAGUGCAAAAAGUACCAGGUUAUAGCUGGAUUGAAGUUAACAACACUACUCACAUAUUUGUUGCUGCAGAUAAAUCUCACCAACAAUCUGCUCAGAUAUAUUUUCUUUUAGAUAAUCUUUAUAGGGAGGUGGAGAUGGAUGGAAAUUUUCCUCAACAACAUCUCCAACACUCUGUUGAUAAAUCUCUUGUCAAUAGCUCCCAACUGUAAGGAAGUCAGACUUAGCGAUGAAGGUUGAGUGGAACAGAUCAACCGAAGAGGCGGCGAUGCUGAGGUAAUGGAAAUUGCGUGUAACUGUUCUCUCUCUUGAAAGGAAGUAGUAGAAAUGUCUGGAUCUUCUACAUCUACCGGCAGAAAAAUUCUGAAUUUUACAUUUGAUUAUGAGCCGGCUGCCGGUCGUGUCUUGUCAUUGUGGGAUGAAAGCACCGUUGUGUACGAAGAGAGUGGGAAAAUGUUUUAUGGGUGUCCGAAUUGGAAGUGCUCCUGGCUAUGCCUCAUUUGGCUGACAGCAGAUUUGAUUUCCAUCAAUGGGGAAGCCACUGUAAUGGACUGGGGUAAUACCAUUGUGAAGAGGAUAGAAAAAGACAAGCAGGGCAAUUUGAUCAGUUUGACGGGUAAUUCAUCCUGAAGGCUCUGUCAAGACUACUAAAUUAAAGCUCACUUGGCUCUUUGGUUGAUUUUGAAUACAUACAAGAAAGAAGGCUUCGUUUUUGCAUUUGUACUUGCUACAUCAUUACUAAUUUGUGUUCAAAUGUUAUUUUAUUUUAUUUUUGGAUUGGAAGCAGAACAUAUGUAUAAAUGUAUAAAUGCCUUGGCAUAUGAUAUCUCUGACAGUUUAAGAUUACUUAGGGGCUAUGUAUAAUUGCCUUGGCAUAUGAUAUCUCUGACAGUUUAAGAUCACUUAGGGGCUGUUUACUUUUUCCCUAUUAACAAUUCGUUUGAAUUAAGACGUCUGUCUGGAUUAAGUAGUUUUUGUGUAUGAAGCUGUUUACUUUCAGUGUUGAAUGGACAGUU